GAGUGUGAGAACACGUGUGUGAGUGUGUUGCGUGGGCGUAGAAAUUAAAAACAGCACGCAAAAUGGUCACCCUAAUGCCCUAUAACUAUGCAGCGGCACGCUGUGGAUUAAUCGACAAAAUGAUAGAGCCAAAGGUUAAACGUCCCAAAACAGAGCAUACGGAUACACAUGAACGGAACCGGCUUUGCGCUCAGACCAUUACUCUGUCGCAGCAUCAGCAGCAGCAGCAGCAACAACAACAACAACAGCAGCAGCAGCAGCAGCAACAACAACAAACACACUCACAUCUGCAGGCAACCAGCAGCGGCAGCGUGUUGGCCAGCAAUGGGCCGAGCAGUGCCGGCCUCGGCGUGGGCGUUGGAGUGGGCGUGGGCGUGGUUGGCCAAUGCAGUCCGCUGGGCCUGCCGCCACAGAGCCAGCCGCUGCAGCCGACCAUAAGCUCGCUGGCCUCGCUGAGCGGUCAUUAUGGCAGCAGUGGCGCUGUCCUGGGAGCGGGCUUGGGAGCCGGCCUGGGCGUGGGACACACUUCAAAUGCCAGCAGCUGCAGCUUGGCGCCCGCGCUCAGCUCCUUCGCUCAAUCGGCCGCCAGCAGCUUCUCCACAUAUCAUCAACAGCAGGUCGCGGGCAACCCGCUGGACGCCGGCGUGGACGCCACGCUCUCCCAUUGGCACGAUAGCAACGCUGCCGCCAACAGCUCGGCGGUGGCGGCGGCAGCAGCGGCGGCCGUCUACGACGGCAAGCACGAUUCGUAUUAUUAUUACAACAGCAUGCAGCAAUAUACGCCGCCCUUCUACUCCAGCUAUGGGGCGCCCUAUGCGGCAGCCGCCAGCUCGGCCGCCGCCGCAGCGCGCUCAGCCAAAAUGGAGCCGAGCACGGCGGCCUACUUGGCGCCCAGCUAUGCCAGCGGCAACAACAACAGCACCAGCUCGCAGCUGUACAGCAAUCCGUAUGCGAGCUACAAUAAUUUUGCCCAGUUCGGGGGCGGGGCAGCGGCGGCGGCGGCGGCGCAGCAGGACUACAGCGGCUACUAUAAUGAUCAGUAUGGGAAUUAUUAUAAUCCGGCCAAUUAUUCGCCGUACGCCGUGAGCUCGCCCAGCUCGAGUGCCAGCCAUGGUUUCCAUGUGGCCGCCUCCUCCAAUCUGAGCGAGAGCCCCACAGACACGCACUCAACCACGCCCGUACAUCAGGCGACCCAUUCGCCGCACUCGCCCCUCGCCGCGAUCUCGCCAACCCAUGCGGCGGCUGCUGCAGUUGUGGGCGCCGCCGCCGGUGGUGCGGUUAGUGUGGCCGCCGCGCUCAACUCGAGUGGCGGCAGCGUGAGUAGCGCCACCGCCACAGUUACGUCGGCAGGUCCUGGGGCUGUGCCGAGCAAGUCCACGCCCACGGGCAAGAGUGGGCGGGCGCGUGGACGGCGCCAUCAGCAGCCAAGUCCGACGCGCAGCACCGCCUCCGAUACGGGCAAUAGUUCGGAUGUGAAGCCGCCGGAGCGUGUCUUCAUCUGGGAUUUGGAUGAGACGCUCAUCAUCUUUCACACCCUGCUAUCGGGCAGCUAUGCCAAUCGUUAUACCAAAGACCACAGCACCCUGAUGACCAUCGGCUUCCGCAUGGAGGAGAUGGUCUUCAAUCUGGCCGACACGCAUUUCUUUUUCAACGACAUCGAGGAGUGCGAUCAGGUCCACAUCGACGAUGUCAGCUCCGAUGAUAAUGGACAGGACCUGAGCACCUACAACUUCGCCACAGACGGUUUCAACACGGGCACCCCAGCCGGCGCACCACCUAACCUCUGCCUGCCCACCGGUGUGCGGGGCGGUGUCGAUUGGAUGCGAAAACUCGCCUUCCGUUAUCGCAAGAUCAAGGAUAUCUACAAUGCCUACAGAAAUAAUGUGGGCACCUUGUUGGGGCAGGGCAAGCGCGAGGCAUGGCUGCAGAUACGGCAGGACAUCGAGGUGGCCACCGACAAUUGGGCGAGCCUGGCCCUCAAGUGCAUCAGCAUGAUUGCUCAGCGCGAGAACUGCGUCAAUGUGCUGGUCACCUCGACGCAGCUGGCUCCCGCAUUGGCCAAAGUGCUGCUCUUCGGCUUGGGCAGCAUCUUCAGCAUUGAGAACAUUUACAGCGCGCACAAGAUCGGCCAGGAGACCUGUUAUGAGCGCAUUGUGACGCGCUUCGGACGCAAGAGCACGUAUGUGGUGGUCGGCGAUGGCGCCGAAGAGGAGGCCGCUGCCAAGACCAUGAAUUUCCCCUUCUGGCGGAUCUCGGCACACAGCGAUAUACGCGCUCUCUACACCGCCCUCGAUAUGGGCUUCUUAUGAAAGGCUUGCGGGCAGAAGCAGAAGCAGCAGAAGCAGCAACAGCAACAAACGCUACAAAAACGCACUGUGAACGCAUUUGGCAAUUGGACGCGUUUCGCGCGCGUUUUCCCAAUUCGAAGACUCGAUGCCGCAGUUGGAGUACAAAAUGCCACUCUAAUUUUAUUUAUGUUUAUUUAUGUGUGUGUGUUUUUCAAAACAACAAACAAAACAAAACUGUAAAC